UUCUAUGGGGAAGGACAGACGACUGUAACGUCAGGGUUAGUAACAUUUAAACGUGUUGUAACUGUAAUUUUGUGAUCAUAUAUUACAAAGCCUGUAUUUGCACCGACCAAAGACAGUGUUAUAAACAGACAUAUUUUCGAAGAGCUAAGUUAGGCCUGUUCUGAGGAUGUUGAGACAAGGCUGCCUCAGAGGACUGGACUGGCAUGUGACGUCAUGGAGCAUCCUACGAGAAACAAAUAACCUUUCACAUCACAUCCCAAAAGCCACAUUCCCCUCAUGCAGAUCUAUCAAAAAGAUACAAAUGUCCCACAUUAGAACAUCAUCUCCACCACACUGCCAUCUACCAUGGUUACUUGGAGAACAAAGAGCUUUUUACUCUCAAGGCUCCUCUAAAACGCCAAACCCAGGCUCAUCCGCAGGGAUCAAACUGCGUACACGCUUGGUGGUGACGCUGCUUUUCGGAGGUGGUAUUAUUGGUACCUGGUGGUAUGUUUAUCAGGAGAAACAAAAGAAGAUCCAGACGCAAAGACUGGAGCAGUUGAGAAAAGUGGCAGUCGGACAGGGAGACUUCAGUCUGUUAGAUCACACAGGACAGCGAAGGACCAAACGUGACUUCAAGGGCCGUUGGGUGCUUUUAUAUUUCGGCUUCACCCACUGCCCAGAUAUCUGCCCGGACGAGCUGGACAAAAUGACCAGCGUGGUGCGUAUUCUUGAUAAAGACCCCAGCCUGCCCCCAGUCCAGCCACUGUUUAUCACCGUUGACCCUGAGAGAGAUGAUGUGGCUGCUAUGGCAAAGUACGUGAAAGAUUUUCACCCCCGGCUGAUUGGAUUGACGGGUACUGCGGAGGAAGUCAAGCAGGCAGGACGCGAUUAUAGGGUCUAUGCCAGCGCUGGGCCUAAAGAUGAGGAUGGGGAUUAUAUCGUGGACCACACCAUCAUCAUCUACCUGGUCAAUCCAGACGGACUCUUCCUGGACUACUACAAUAGAAUGAAAAACGAUCUACAGAUUGCUGAGAGUAUACGAAAUCAUAUGAAAAACUAUGUUAAAUUAUUUCCAGAUUAAUCUAAAUAAAGCUGUAUUUCAAAACACUCA